AUGAACACAAAUUCUUUUCUUAUCCUUUUAUUAUUUUCCCUUUGUUUCAUUGUUUUUCAUUCCCAUGCACAAAACAAUGGUUUUAGUGUUGACCUUAUCCACCGCGACUCUUUAAAAUCACCCUUCUACCAACCUGCAACCAAAUACCAACUUGUGGUCAAUGCUGUACGUCAGUCCAUUAGUUGUAUUAAUCAUUUCUACAAAGAUUCACUCACUGAUACUCCUAAAUCGUCUGUAAUUCCCGACGGAGGUUCAUAUCUCAUGACUUAUUCAGUUGGUACCCCACCAUUUAAGUUAUUUGGUAUUGCUGAUACUGGUAGUGACAUUAUUUGGCUUCAAUGUAAGCCUUGUGAAGAAUGUUUCAACCAAACGACUCCUAAGUUUGAGCCUUCAAAAUCAUCAAGUUACAAAAACAUUCCUUGCAAUUCUAACACAUGUCAAUCUUUGAGAGACACUUCUUGUACUGAACAAGAUUCUUGUCAAUAUAAUAUUCAGUAUGGUGAUCGAUCACAUUCACAAGGAGAUCUUAGUCUCGAGACUCUUACAUUGGAUUCCACCACUGGUCAUUCUGUUUCAUUUCCUAAAACUGUGAUAGGAUGUGGGACUCAAAAUACAGUGUCAUUUGAUGGUAGAAGCUCUGGUAUAGUUGGCCUUGGAGGUGGAUCUGUGUCUCUUACAACACAAUUGGGAUCUAAAAUUGGUGGAAAGUUCUCCUACUGUUUGGUACCAUUAUUGGGUGACUCAAGUGCGACAAGCAAACUCAAUUUUGGAGAUGCAGCCGUGGUUUCAGGUAAUGGAUCUGUGUCAACUCCUUUAGUGAGUAAAGAUCCAAAAACUUUCUACUAUUUGACCUUGGAA